AUGGCCGGCCUCGUCGGCGUCCUCCGCCGGCUCGGGGAUCUCACAGAGUGGGGGAAGAAUGAAGAAGAAUGUGGCACAUCCAAGGUGAAGGUUGAAGCAGCCGAAUGCUCUGCAUGCUUUGCUUUUCUGAAUUUGGGACAUGAAUGUGUCUAUGGAUUGGCUGGCCAUGUUGCAAAAAGUAGUAAAAAGUUUGAAUUUUGGAAGAAGGGGAUAUUGCAGCAGACAGCAAUAAAAAGAGGUGGGACUUACUUUGAGCACCUCUCAAAUCUGGAUAGCGUCAUCAAAUUUCUGGUCUUCACACUCCGUAAAGGCUUAACAAUGUGCAAGAUCAAGAUCGGAAUCAACGGUUUCGGAAGGAUCGGCAGGCUCGUGGCCAGGGUCGCGCUCCAGAGCGAGGAUGUCGAGCUGGUCGCCGUCAACGACCCCUUCAUCACCACAGACUACAUGACCUACAUGUUCAAGUAUGACACCGUGCACGGCCACUGGAAGCACAGUGACAUCACCGUCAAGGACUCCAAGACCCUCCUCUUCGGUCAGAAGCCGGUCACCGUCUUUGGUAUCAGGAACCCUGAGGAGAUCCCGUGGGGUGAGGCUGGUGCCGACUAUGUCGUGGAGUCCACUGGUGUCUUCACUGACAAGGAUAAGGCUGCGGCUCACUUGAAGGGUGGUGCCAAGAAGGUUGUUAUUUCUGCCCCAAGCAAAGAUGCACCCAUGUUCGUUGUUGGUGUCAAUGAGGACCAGUACACCUCAGCUAUUAACAUUGUUUCCAAUGCUAGCUGCACAACAAACUGCCUUGCUCCCCUUGCCAAGGUCAUCCAUGACAACUUUGGUAUCAUCGAGGGCCUGAUGACAACUGUUCAUUCCAUCACUGCCACCCAGAAGACUGUUGAUGGACCCUCAGCCAAGGACUGGAGAGGUGGCAGGGCUGCUAGCUUUAACAUCAUCCCCAGCAGCACUGGUGCUGCCAAGGCUGUCGGUAAGGUUCUUCCUGAUUUGAAUGGCAAGCUCACUGGUAUGUCCUUCCGGGUUCCCACCGUGGAUGUGUCAGUUGUUGACCUCACUGUCAGAAUCGAGAAGGGUGCCUCCUAUGAGGAUAUCAAGAAAGCUAUUAAGACUGCUUCUGAGGGCCCACUCAAAGGUAUCAUGGGCUAUGUGGAGGAGGAUUUGGUUUCCACCGACUUUGUUGGUGACAGCAGGUCGAGCAUCUUCGAUGCCAAGGCUGGUAUCGCCCUGAACGAUAACUUCAUCAAGCUUGUCUCGUGGUACGACAACGAGUGGGGCUACAGCAACCGUGUCGUUGACCUGAUCCGCCACAUGUUCAAGACCCAGUAG